CAAUCCUGUGUCUCAUUUGAUAAUGGGCUGGGAAUCCAGUGGAUUAUUGCAGGGAUUUUAUCUUGCCCUAAUCUCUUGGGAGAAAUGUUCAAACAGCUGGGAAGGACAAGAAGGAGCUGCAUUCAGUGACCGGAAUUCCUUGAAACAGGAUAAUAUUCAUAAAUGCCGUAGAAUUUGCCUUUACAGCAAAAUGAAUCUUUUCUGUUUUUCACUGGAGGGCUCUAUGGACAGCUUAUAUGAACCAGUUAAGGAGAAUCAAGACCCACAAGAAAGAAUUUGCCUAACUAGCAGGGCUAACACCCCAGUAAGUGUUGCUACGAAAUUUGGACCACCAGAAAGAUCUCAGUCUUUGGAAUUUUCUGAUAUUGAAAAUACAUUAAUGAAAAAAAGAAAAUCCAUCCAGAAGUCAAUGUCAGAAAGUGAAGCAUUUGAUAGAAAAAAUGUGAAUGGCACAUUUGGGCAGAUUCCCAAGAAGCAGGAAAAUGAUUUGUACCUCGGAAGGCACUGUCAGUCUGAAGAAAUAAAUGAAGAUAUUGUCAUUGGUGAAAGGUUCCAUUUGCUACAAGAAACAAGAAUAGAAGAAACAACAUGUCAGGUAAUGACUUUUGAACAAUGGAUUCCACCGCAGAAUCAUAAUCCAAAGACAUCCAGUGAUAUGGUUACAGAGUCAAAUGAAAGCAAAGCUGAAACAAUGGGAACUUUAAAGCGUUUGCAAAAAUUAGUCCAAACUAAGAAGGCCAGUGUACAUAGCUUAGACGACAUCAAGCAUGUUUUGGUACCCCUCAGUCCAGCACCACAAGAUGUUUUUCUCUCUGAAGAUGAAGAUGAAGCACCAACAUCGUGUAUGAAACUAACCAAAUCUCAGGACAAAAAAGGUUCGAAAGAAAACACAAGACGAAAGGAAGAAACUGACAAUAGAACAGACCUUAUCUCUGCUUCCUUGGGCAGAUCCUAUACUACCAGGUUAAACAAUAUAGGCAAUAUUUCUAUCCGUUCAGAAACUGAAUAUCAGCUGUGGAGUGAUUGGAAGCCUUUUCCAGAUAACCAACUAUGCCCUUGCGAUUUUUUGAUCACAAAGAUAGAAGAAUGGGAAAAAUGUCCUUGUUGCUCUCAUGAGCCACGUCUUACUGGUUCUCUCACAGAUGUGGAUCUCCCAAGUUCAUGGCGUGCAAGUAGCUUUGGAAAGUUUGACCAUCACAGACAUCACUCAACAUCGAAACCAGAUGAUUCAUCUGAGCCAUGUGAAGUGGAUACUGUAAGUGAUGGUGGAGAACCAGGACACAACAAAACACCACAUAAUGGAGGAAGCCUUGGGAAGAAAAUGCGGGCCAUUUCCAUGACCAUGAAGAAAAAGAUGGGGAAAAAAUAUAUCAAGGCACUUUCGGAAGAUAUGGAUGAAGAAGGAAAAGAAUAUUCUUGUUCUAACAGAGACAGUGACCCUGGUGGAGGGUUACACACAGAGAAGGUCUCUCUGAAGACUAGUGAUUCUAUGGAUAGCCUUUAUAGUCUUAACAGUGGACAGAGUUCAUCAAGUGGAGUAACAAGUUGCUCAGAUGGAACAAGCAACAGGGACAGCCUGAGGCUUGAUGAUGAAGUCCCUUACACUGGCCCAUUCUGUGGCAAAGCCAAAGUGCACACAGACUUCACACCAAGUCCUUAUGACACAGACUCUCUCAAGAUCAAGAAAGGAGACAUAAUUGACAUCAUCUGUAAGACUCCAAUGGGCAUGUGGACAGGAUUGCUAAACAACAAAGUGGGAAAUUUCAAAUUCAUUUAUGUGGAUCUUAUUGAAGAAGAGAAUUCCACACCCAGAACCAGAAAGCCACACAAGAAGAGUAAAAGAGCCAAACCUAAUUCUUUGCAAGAACUCCUAGAGCGACUUAAUCUCCAGGACUAUGCUUCAACCCUCUUGCUAAAUGGCUAUGAGACUCUGGAAGAUUUGAAAGAUCUAAAAGAGAGUCAUUUGAUUGAACUUAACAUUGAAGAUCCAGAAGACAGAACAAGGUUACUGACUGCUAUUGAGAAUCUGCAGGACUAUGAAAAUGAACAAGACCAGGAAACACAGGAAGUGUCACAGACCUCAAGCCCUGACCUCAACUGUAACAAGUCUCAGCUAAAUGACUGCCCAAGAGACUCAGGUUGUUACAUCUCACCAGAAAAUUCAGAUAACAGCAAAGAAGAUCUAGAUACAGAGAACCUAUCUGACAUGAUAAAGACAAUUACCAUCGAGGACUCAAACUGAAUCAGAUUACUGUUCCUGCCAAAUUAUUAGAACUGGAUCUGGAAUCAUCUGUUAGCAUGAGAAUGCAGCAAUGAACAUUAAAAUCCAUCUUAAGACUGGACAUGCUAUCUGAUUUCCAACUUCAAACAGAUUAUAAAAGCAAGAAUGUGUCUCUCGAACAAUCUCCUGUGCUUUGAUUUGUAAUUUUCCUAAAGACAAAAUAAUCACAUUUUUAUACUUUUUCUAUCAUACGACUAUUUAAUGGUUUAUAAUUCUAAGAGUAUUCAGCUUCAAAAAGAAACAUUCUGAAUAUUGUAAACAUUGUACAUAAUUGUUAUUUUGUGAGGCAAAGACAAUUGUACUUACCCAGUCCUUUUAAAAAUGUAAUCUAAUGAUCCAUUUCUUUGGAUUUAAACAUAGCCAGCCAAUUUUUAAUAUGAAUCUUUCUGGGCUUCAUUUAAUUAUUGCAAUGUGCAGAGUUAACUCUAAUUAUCUCUUUAAACAAUUUAUAUUGCCAUAAAUGAAAAUGGAUUAUUAAUACACCUAGAAAUUAGACUAUUUAUCAUCUAUGUGCAUUCUGAAUACUCUCUUCAUGUGUACUCUAAUUCAUGUGCACAUAUUUUAUAAAGGAUUCCCUCCUUCCUUGCAUUGUUUCCUUUGCAAACACUGUGAAAGGAAGCUUACUAGUCACAAGUGAUUUUCAUAGGUCUCUGCACAAACCCUUCUUCUAUGUGCAUGAUAUGAAGACAAUAGAAUUAUGACGUAUCUAUUUAUUAGUGAACAGUUAAUUAAAAUUUAUAAAAAUGAGUAUAUACUAUUGUCCAUCCCUUUGUGAAUUGUCAUGUUUGGAUAUAUUUUACAAGGGUGGGUCAUUCGCUCACAUUUUUUCUUAAUAUACUUCCCUUCAAAAUAAACGUGUGUCACUAAGUUUCUGUCUUUUUCAUGUUCAAAAGUGCAGUACUGUGAGUUAUAUUAAAUAUAUUAUGGCAUGUUUUUAUUUUGUAGGGUUACAAGUUAUGUCAGAUCAAUAGCUCAUACUUAGAACAUAUGCCCUCCCAUUCCAAAAGUAAUUGUCUUUAGGUGCUAUUUGGAAUACAUUCCGGUUUGGAAGAAACAAAGCAAAAUAUAUUAAUUAGAAAUGAAAUUGUGCACUUUUUUCAGAACGGUGUUGAAGCCUAUCCCAAACCUCAAUAUAUCAUUGAAUAUAAAGCAUACUGAAACAACAUGUAAUAAAGAAAUCAUGCUAACUUUGCC